UGUGGGUAUUACAGCAUUUGGUCACUAAAAUUUUGUUUUACUUCUAAAAUUAUGUUUCAUCUUUAAGUUUUGAUCUCCAGAGUUAUCAGUGGGUUCAGUCUAUGAUUUUUGCUAUUAAUGAAAUAAAUAAGAAUGAAGAUCUUCUACCAAACCUUAGUUUGGGUUAUGCCAUUUAUGACACCUGUAACAGUAUCACAAGAGCAGUGGAACAGAUGUUUGCACUUAUCACAGGGAAUGAGGUCUAUGUUCCCAAUUACCAGUGCCAUAUAAAUUCCUCUUUAGCAGCGGUGAUUGGAGAAUCAUCUUCCACUAUUUCCAUUGCUAUGGCAACAAUUCUGGGAAUUUACCAGUAUCCUCAGAUUAGCUACUUUUCAUCCCUCCCUGCUCUCAGUAACAAGAAGGAGUUCCCAUCUUUACUUCGCACCAUACCCAGUGACACAUUUCAGUCCAAAGCAUUUGCUUACCUUGUCAAGCACUUUGACUGGAAGUGGGUUGGUACUUUGGCAGAAGAUAUUGAGUAUGGAAUUCAAGGAGUCCAACUGUUCAGAGAAGAGGUGGAGAAAUAUGGUGUUUGCAUUGCUUUUGCAGAAAAAAUCCCACUUACGUUUUCAAGAGCAACCUAUCAACAGAUAGCAGAAACUAUUAAAAGUUCCAAUGCAAAAGUUAUAGUAGUUUUCUCUGGUGACAGUAAUCUGCUUCCCCUAGUGGAGGAGAUUGCUAAACAGAACAUAACAGGUAUUACCUGGCUUGCAAGUGAGGCCUGGAGCACAGCUACAUACAUCUUAAAAGAAAACCAAAUUAAACACUUUGAAGGAACAUUGGGAUUUGCAAUCACUAAAAGUCAUAUCCCAGGUUUGCAUGAAUUUCUUGUCGGCCUCCAUCCUUUUAAUGAACCUCAAGAUAUGUUUAUAAAGGAACUCUGGGAAAACAUUUUUGAAUGUCUGUGGAAUCCAGGAGUUAAACAUGAUAGACGAGAGUGCACCGGGGCGGAAAAUCUUGAAAAAUUGACAAACACAUUUUUGGACACCUCUGAACUGAGAGUUACCAGCAAUGUUUAUAAUGCAGUGUAUGCUGUAGCUCAUGCACUGCAUAACUUGCAGUCUUGUGAACAGGGCAAAGGUCCUUUUGAGGAAGGGAGAUGUGCAGAUAUUCAUGCGUUUGAACCAUCACAGCUACUCCACUAUUUAAAGAGAGUGCAAUUUUUAGACAAGGCUGGGAACAUUCAAUAUUUUGAUGAAAAUGGUGAUACUGUGCCAAAGUAUGAUCUUGUCAACUGGCAAAGAGGGAGCGAUGGGUCUGUAGUGGUGAAAACAGUUGGCAGAUAUGAUGGAAGUAAAUUUGGUGUGGAGCUUGAAUUAGAUGUGGAGGCAAUUUAUUGGAAUGGGGGGCAAAAAGAGGUAUGGAACCCAAAACAUUCUAAAAUUCCUGUUGACUUUAUAGCUGUAUUACAGCCUAUAUGUUUGAUGUUGGGAAAGCUCAGUUAG